AUGAAACCAGAAAGCCAGGUGCCUUCAUCCUUCAAUGGUUUUCCGGGGCGCAGUGGCUUACAAGGAAAUCCCCCUCCUGGAGCAACUGUGCUGCAGCCAAUUGUAGAAGAAAGAGUUCGCGAAGUGGUCAAAGAACGCGUGGAGAACAGGUACAUCGAAGUGCCACAAGUGUACUAUGUUGAAAAGGUCGUGGAGGUCCCCCGAGAAGUACCCGAGGAAAAGAUCGUACGGGUUGUGAAGCCCGUGAAGAAGGAGGUCAUCAAGUACGUCAAGAAACCUGUAUACGUGGACAAGUUUGUUGAAGUUCCAGAGAUCAAAUAUGUGGACAAAAUAAUUGAAGUCCCUCGAUACGCGAUAAAGGAAAAAAUAGUUGAAGUUCCCAAAAUACUUGUCAUUGAACGCAUUAUUCCAGUCUUGAAGAGCUACAGAAAAGAGCAAGUAGUGUCUGUGGAGCCUGAAGCUCAAAGAGGCAGAGCAAAGCCUGUGCCACUGUGCUGGCAGAUACCGUUUGGCGGUGCGCUUGCGCCUGAAUUAGAUGCCACGCAUAGGAAUCAGCCCAGAGGACAACCAAAUGAUAGGGUUCCGAAGACUCAGGCGCUCCCUCCACUGUGGGGCCCCGAAGCCCUCUCUACAAGCUCUCCAGUGACACAUGUUCCAGGACUUCGCAGAGACCCCUCAGAUAUGCCGCCCAGGCAAGGAUCCUUUGCAACAGAAGCCACAGCGGUACGGAAGUCUGCGAGCGGGCCGCCCUUUGCCGUUGGCCCUCCGCAGUUGGGAACACCCUCCCCCCACUUACUGCAUGAAAAUACUGCGUCAUCCAUCAAUUAG